AUGGCGAGCACGAUGGAGGCGGCGCAGGCGCGCGUCGAGCAGCCGUACUUAGCAGCCGUAGCGAUGGCGAGCACGAUGGAGGCGGCGCAGGCGGUGCUGGCGGCGUUCGACACGUCGCUGUCGCGGCAGUGGCGCGAGGAGGACCGCCGCUGGCGCGCGGAGGACCGCCAGUGGCGCGCGGACGACCUGGCCUUCCGCGAGGAGGAGCGGAGAUGGUUCGGGGAAGAGGCGGAAAUGCGGAGCGCGGAAAUAAGGUGGAGGGAGGAAGACAUUAACCAACGCCACGUGGACAAUGCAAGAUACCUCUGGGCCAGGUUUGUCGAGAAGAACCGGCGAGACGUGGAGGAGAAAUCAGAGCAGCUCAAGGCGAUCUCGAACCUCGCAGCGCUGUUUGCUGGCUUCGCUGUAGUCACACUCACCCAGUUCCAAGUCACCCUCGACAGUUCCCCCUUAUGGAUCAUUGCCAUAUACGGUGUCCUCACCGCCAUCUCGGUGUGCCUACACACGGUGGCGAUGGUGCAGUGCACGCUCAUCAUGGGCAGCAUACUGAAGAACGGCAAGGCCUACGUGGACGAGGAGGCAGAGGAGGAGUUCAUGUUCCGCUGCCUGCUCUUCGUGCGCUCAUUCUCUUUAGGAGACCGCCCCCCUGCGCCGCGGCGCACGUUUGAGGCCUUUUGGGAGUACAGGUGUGAAGAUGACUGGCGCAAGGCAUUCAACUACUUCACAUGGGGAAUCUUCUCGUUCCUUCUCAGCCUCAUCCCUAUUGGGUGGAUUAAGUUCAACUUCUCAACCUUCAUCCCAGCAGCGUUCACUGCCAUUGUCAUCUGCUCCAUGGUUCUCUGGGCCUAUCAGCAGCUGUCAUGGGGAGCCUAUCUCACCAAGGGUCGCCGCCAGUUCGACUCACUCCUUUCAGAAGCUGAAGCCUUCCGGGUGCGUCCCUCCGGCCUCCCCUUUGACUGGCACAUUGCGCCGGAAGCUUCCUGGAAACGCAGCUCCUCGCGGAGAAGCGGGAGAAGCCGGAGCGGGAGAGAGGGUGGGUCGAGCGAUGCUGCUUCGACGGCUUUUACAGAUGGUGACCGUGACCGUGGUCAGGAGCACAAGUCGGAUUCAGUAUUGGGAAACACGGAUGGUAAGGCGUCACGAAAUUUGGCUUCGGGGAUUGGGAGCACAGGUGGAAAGGGUACUCAGGGAGAGGAGGAUAAGCAAGUGGAGGAGGGUGAGAGGGCAAGUAUGAAUGGAGGAGGGGAUAGUGCUGAUAAAGGAAGGCUUGAUCCUGGCCCGUUGGCUCCGGAAGAUCCGGACAAGCCGGCAGGCGGAAACGGAGAGCCGGAUGAGAACGAGCCGCAGGAAGAGCAGGAGCUUGUAGGUUACAUCGGAGCGGCUAAUGGCGCGGGAAUUCUGGCGGAAUACGGGAGGGACGCUGACGCUGUCCGCGAUGCAUUGCCGCAGGCUCUCGGGAACUUGCCGCUUCAUUUCGCCCAGUACUCCAUUGGAUACGGUCGCAUAUUCGUCCUCUUUGAACGGCACAACCCAGGGUUGGUCCUCGUGCUGCUGGGAUACAACCCGCUCCCCAAAUCCCACGCCCGAGACCUUCUGGCCAGCUUCUCCCAGGCGCUCGCUACAGUCACAGGGGUUACAAUCACGCCCCACUCCUCCGCUAAGGCCCUGAGCGGGCAGGGAGGAUGGGAGGGGCGGGUGACGGAGGAGGGGCGGGUGAUGCUGGGGGAGGCGGUUGCUGGGCUGACUAAUGGUGUUCGAGGCAUCGUGGGAUCGUCCAUGGCUUGUGUUAAGAGGUGCGUUGCGGUGUAG